AUGCCCGCGACGCGGCUCGAGGUCUCGGGGCAGGUCGAUCCGGCGAGACAGGGCUUUACCAGUCACCAUGGACCCUAUCACAGUACUAGUGGCUUUAAUCAGCAGGCCACAGGGGACCUUGUCAGACGAGGCGAGCGACGGAGUCGUUUGAGUUCACCUGGCUCUGAGAGGGGCGCCAGUCCCUGCGACAGCGAACGUGCCAACGAUAUCGCUCCCACAGGCAUCCGCCAAUCGUCGGCACUCUCGGAAGUCCACGACUCGGAGUCGCUCGUUAAGUUUGCACAGGCUAAGACGGUUCUCAUCGACCUAAGCUGGAGCGAUGCGGAAGCGGUCCGUGCGAGCCGUGUCAGCACGAAGAGCAACCAGACGGCAGUUUCCGCUCUCAACGCUGGCAGCCUCAUGGCGACAACGCCGAGUCUGACACGACGUCCACUACAUCUUCUGGAAGGCAUCAUCCGGAGCGUGACAUCGUCGGCAUGGACCAAGGACCCACCACGAGAAUGGAUGGACAGGUACACGUCGCUCAGCAGCAUGGAUCAGAAGCGCUUGGAGAUGGAUGAGGACAAGCUGCUUGCUCGCAUGCUCUACAACAUGGUCGCCUUCAUGGUCAUGGUGAACUGUCGCAACGCAGAGCUGAAGAAGAAGGUGCGGCGGCUGCUCGGACGCUCGCAUAUCAGUCUCAGUCUUAGCCAGGAGGUCAACGACCUGCUGGACAACAUCACCAACCUGUAUGGCAACGACAUUGACCUCAAGCCGAUGGGCAGCCGCCAGAUGCACAAGCAGUCGUUCACCGUUCACAAGGGCACCGAGGCGACGGGAGAGAUCCUCUUCAUGGAGGUGUGUGACGAUGCAAUCAUGCUGCGCAGCAUCUCUGGACUCAUUACCGAGCGAUGGUGGUACGAGCGACUCGUUAACAUAACCUUCAGUCCUAAGACGCGCGUGCUGUGUCUGUGGAGGCGUAGCGGCGGGGAGACGAAACUAGACAAGUUCUACACGAAGAAGUGUCGAGUACCUAUACAAUGCAAUAAGGGAGCGAUGACGAGCGCGGCAGCACGCCUGGCCGGACUUGGGGAGGUUCCGUGCAGGACGCCUGAACCAGGGCUGAGGGUGGCCUUCUCCAGGUGA